AUGCCAAUCAGCGCCCCAAACAGGCAACUAGAUGAAUUCGAGGACCUUGUCUACCACUAUUCCAAUGGCAUGAACAUUGAAAAUGCUGAAGAGCGUUGGGAUAUCGAUGCCACCGCCUGCAAUGUUCGCUUCGAGUCCGCAACUCAGGGCCCUCCAGCGCGAGUGUCGUUUCUUUUCAAAGUAGCCCCCAAAAUAUGCAAUGCUGUGGGGACGCUCCAUGGCGGUUGUGCUGCUACGUUGAUUGAUAAUCUAUCUACCACGAUUCUCAUGGGUGUCUCCAAGCCCGGCCAUUUCUCGUUGGGUGGAGUGAGUCGCAAUCUCAGAGUGACGUACUUGCGUCCUGUUCCUAGAGAUCUCGAGGCUCGAUUGGUAUGUGAGGUGAUUCACAUGGGGAAGCGAUUGGCGCUGCUGCGAGCAGAGAUCCAACGAGCUGAUACUGGGGAUGUCUGCGUUGUUGGCGAACACGAGAAAGCCAACACAGAUCCCGAGGCGGGCGGCCGAGUGUGA